CGCCCAUGAAGAUGGAGCCGGGCCGGCCGGCCUCCCCGGCGGGCGGCGCGUGCCCCGACCCGGAGCCCGGCGGGCCCGACGGGCCGGGGGCCUCCCGGCGCGCGCCCGCCGCCCCCGCCCCGCGCCGGGCGGUCGGCUCCCCGGAGCCCGCGGCCUGCGCGGAUGCCGGGGCGGGCCUGAGCGCCGGGCGGGCCCCGGGGCCGGAGCGGCGGCAGCCGCUCGCCGGCCCGGAGGCGCGCCCCGAGAGCGGCCGGGCGCUGGCCACGGGCCCAGGAGCCUCUUACCUCCUGCCGGGCCCGGACCCCGAGCCCGAGCCCGACCGGCAGCUGCCAGAGCUCGGCCCGCUUCUGUCCUGGACUGCAGAGCCCGAGGAUUAUGGCCCCCCGGUUUUCCCGGACAGCGCCUGCCUCCGUGUGCCCGGCUUCAGCCACAGCCAGCGCAGGAGGCCCGAGGUCGACUUCUUCCCUUGCUUCCCCUCGGCCUCGGUGGGCGAGCUGACGCUGGAGGUGGGUCCCGAGGACCCGGACCGGCCCUCGGACUUCAGCCAGACGUGCCCCCUAACGAGCGAGCCCGCGGCGUGUCCGGAGGACGGCCCCCGCCUGCGAGCCGUGUUCGAUGCCCUGGACGGCGAUGGAGACGGCUUUGUCCGCAUCGAGGACUUCGUGCAGUUCGCCACGGUCUACGGGGCAGAGCAGGUGAAGGACUUAACGAAAUACUUGGACCCCGGCGGGCUUGGCGUGAUCAGUUUUGAGGACUUCUACCGAGGGAUCACCGCAAUCAGGAAUGGAGAGUCUGAUGGCCAGCUGUGCGGGGUUGCACCUGCCCAGGACGAGGAGCCGCCCGCCUGCCCCGAUGAGUUCGACGACUUCGUUACCUUUGAGGCCAACGAGGUGACAGACAGCGCAUACAUGGGUUCCGAGAGCACCUACAGUGAGUGUGAGACCUUCACCGACGAGGACACAAGCACCCUGGUGCACCCUGAGCUGCAAGCCGAAGGGGAUGCCGACAGCGCCGGUGGCUCAGCUGUGCCCUCCGAGUGCCUGGACGCCAUGGAGGAGCCUGGCCACGGCGCCUUGCUACUGCUCCCGGGGAGAUCCCACCUGCACAGCCAGUCCGUCGUCACGGUGAUAGGUGGCGAGGAGCAUUUUGAGGACUAUGGUGAGGGCAGUGAGGCAGAGCUGUCCCUGGAGACCCUCUGCAAUGGGGAGCAUGACUGCAGAGACCCCGCUUUCCUCACCCCCAGUCCAGCGAAGCGGCUCUCCAGCAGGAAGGUGGCAAGGUACCUGCACCAGUCAGGGGCCCUGACCGUGGAGGCCCUACAGGACCCUGCCCCAGACCCUGUGGAGGGCAUGGAAGAGGACAUUGCUGAUAAGGUCGUCUUCCUGGAGAAACGGGUGUCGGAGCUGGAGAAGGACACGGCUGCCAGCGGGGAGCAGCACAGCCGGCUGCGGCAGGAGAACCUCCAGCUCGUGCACAGAGCCAAUGCCCUUGAGGAGCAGCUGAAGGAGCAGGAGCUGAGAGCCUGUGAGAUGGCGCUGGAGGAGGCGCGGAGGCACCGGGAGCUCGUGUGCAGGAUGGAGCGGGAGCGCAGCAUCGAGGUGGAGAGCCUGCAGGCCAGGCUGCAGCAGCUAGAUGAGGAGAACGGAGAGCUAAGGUCCUGCACGCCGUGUCUGAAGGCCAACAUUGAGCGCUUGGAAGAGGAGAAGCAGAAGUUGCUGGAUGAGAUGGAAGAGUUAUCCCUGCGGCUCAGUGAUGAGCAGGAGAACAGGAGGAAGCUGGGGGACAGGCUGAGCCACGAGAGGCACCAGUUCCAGAGGGACAAGGAGGCAACCCAGGAGUUGAUCGAGGACCUGCGCAAGCAGCUGGAGCACCUGCAGCUCUUCAAGCUGGAGGCCGAGCAGAGGAGGGGCCGGGGCAGCAGCAUGGGUCUGCAGGAGUACAACAGCCGCACCCGCGAGAGCGAGCUGGAGCAGGAGGUCCGCAGGUUGAAGCAGGAUAACCGUAACCUGAAGGAGCAGAAUGAUGAGCUCAAUGGGCAGAUCAUCAACCUGAGCAUCCAGGGUGCCAAGAACCUCUUCUCCACGUCCUUCUCAGAGUCCCUGGCUGCAGAGAUCAGCUCCGUUUCCCGAGAUGAGCUCAUGGAUGCGAUUCAGAAGCAGGAGGAGAUCAACUUCCGCCUGCAGGACUACAUUGACCGGAUCAUCGUGGCCAUCAUGGAGACCAACCCAUCCAUCCUGGAGGUCAAGUAGAGGCAAGAAGGCCCAGCUCGGUGGGCCCAGGACCCCACCCGCACCCAGGAGAUGGCCACGGCGCACACACAGCCGAGACAAGCGGCUGGGCUGGGGUGCAUAGAAGGGUCUGCACAGGGAGGAGGAACAGGAGCUCCGGGGCCAGGGCCCACGCAGGAGAGGGUGGGGCUGGGCCUGCUCUCUGCAGAGAUGUGGGGAGCACGGCUCAGGCUCAGGCGAACCCCUCUGCGAGCUCCCUCUCAUGUGGCACACCUCUCUGCUGCCCUACUUGUCAGGGAAGAAAGGAAGGACACGUCCCCACCGGGACACUGCCAUCUGCAUCUGCUCAGGGGCCCUCACCUGGAUGGCACAGAGGCCCCAGGACCCUCUCACCAGACGUGGUGGCGUGGGAAGGACUGCCAGGCAAGGUGGUGCACAUCAGGCUCUGGCCGGGAGCUGCAGGACCCCGGCUUUCCUGGGGCUGUGACUCUUGAGCUGCUCCGCCCAGCCACCCAUCCAGAGAGGGCACCGCAGUCCAGCUUCAGACCCAGGGGCUCUGCAGCUGGCCACGCGGCUGUCCCCAUGCCCCAAACCCUUGCUGCGGUAACGGGGCUGGGGCCGAGCCUCUGCUCCAAAAUCAGGACUUGAGAGUCCCACCACAUGGAGCAUGCUCCCUGCACAGGGUGGGUCUCAGGGCCCCUCUGACUCCAGGUGUGGCAGCAUCGUGGUGAGAAACUGCUUCCCCAUGGGUGUGGUCCCCGGCCUCCUGGAGCCCUCCCCUCCCUGAGCACGUCUCAGCUGCUCUGGGUGAAAGUCCCGGUCUCCCAGGCCAGAGUCCACAUGUCUGGCACCACGUUUCCUCUGGGAGUUUGAAGUCGCCGAAGUGGCCAUCCUUCCCCGAGCUGCAUUUUGGAGGAGGCUGGGUGGUGCGGGUUCUCUAAGUACAUAGAUCCGGAGCAGAGAGCAAGGCCCUCCUGGCAGCUUGUGGGUUCCUUCAAGGAAGCCAUUGCCUGGCUCUGUGCCACCACCACCAGGCACUGCACCACCAUGGGGGCUGCUGGGCCUGCCCCCACCCUGCGCCUGAGCACUGUCCAGGAGCCUCUGGGUGCUCCAGGUGGGUCAAGACCCCACACACAGACUGGCCACUGCUGCGUGCGAGUGCGUAUGUGAGGGCGUGUGUGUGUGUGUGUGCGUGUGUGUGCGUUGCCCUGUGUCCCUCCAUCCUCCGUGUGGCCCACCUUCUACACUAAGAUUUAAGAUGUUGCCUCGUAUUGUACAUUUUGGGGAAAGCCUUGGGUGUAAAUCAGUGUAAACUUGGAGGAGAGAUUUUUCUAUCAUGUAGAGUAGGUAUUUUUUAUAGAUUGAAGGUUGAUCAAUUUUUUAAUACUUCCAAGAGAGAAAACUAUCUGUGUAUACACAUGAAAUAUAUAUAUAUAUAUGUAUGAUAAUAAAUACUGGAACUCUG